CUUACAGUGACGAACAAACAGUAAAACAGUUGAAUCACGAACGAUACGAUUAUGUACGAUACAAAUAUUUAAGAUCGAAUCUAUUGUACUGUGGAAUGCAUGUACGAUCCGUUCAUGUGAAUCGUACGAGCAGAAUGCUUUUAGGUUGCAGUUAGUUGGCCGGGCCUGGAAAAUGCAACUUAAAAAGCUAUAAAGCCACGAUGUUUUUAAAAAACGCAAAACUAAUUGCGUUCUAUGGGAGGAGAGCUAUAUUGUCCAAUAAUUCUUUUCUGAAAAUUCCAAAACGCAAUAGUUUCUUAGUACUUGUUCCAGAAAUCGGAGAAGAUCUGCAAGGGAAAGAUCCCUUAUUGAAAGAGGGUAAAUAUCCGGAAUUCGAUAGUAUCACGGUGGAGAAAUGUAUAGCAGCUAUCGGGAAACAAGCUUUAGAUUUCGAAAAUGAAGUGAAAUCUUUAGGGGAGGAAUUAAAUAAUGACAAUAAUGUCAGUGCCGAAAAUUUAUUUCAAAAUGUAUUGAAUCCUAUAGAACAAAUGUAUACUUCUUUGUAUAUUACAUGGGGCAUUGCAAAAAUAUUAUACCUUGGUAAUCACAGUGGAAUGCCCACAGAAUGUUACUUAGGUAUUCAUGAGCGUGCCAGGAAAGCUUUAGGUAGUAGAUAUACUAAUGUAUCGAUUUAUCAGGCAUGCAAAAAUAUCAUGAACAAUGACAAUAUUAAACUGAGCAUAGAACACAGAGCAAUUUUGAAUAAAUUUAUACUAGAAGGAAAGUUAAAUGGGUUAGAUUUGAGUAAGCGAAACAGGGAUGUGCUCACAGAAUUAGUACAUAUAUUAUUCAGAAAGAAAAAGGAAUAUUCGCAAAGGUUGCAGGUAGCUAUAAAUCAAUAUAAAUUCACAAUAAAAGAUGCUUCAACUGUGAAAGAUUUUCCAGAAGAGCUUUUAAAAGCUACGGCAACAGAUGCAACACAAUAUAAACUUGGCCCUUGGACAGUAACACUAAAUCCUUCCAUUUUUAAACCAUUCAUGGAAUAUUGUCCUGACAAUGCACUGAGAUGGAGAGUUUGGGAAGCAGAUGUUACCAAAGCAUCAGUAUUGCAAGACAGAUUUAUACAGACUAGUACUUUACUGGAAGAGAUUCGACAUCAAAGGAUGAGGAUUGCGAAAUUAGUAGGACACAAAACAUACGUUGAUUUAAGUAUGGAAACCAAAAUGGCUAAAAAUGUAGAAAAUGUUUAUCAUGUGUUAGAUACUUUAUUGGAAACAGCUCGUCCAGCCCAAGAAGUUGAAAUCAAAGAACUAACUGCAUUUGCAAAAGAAAGAGGUUCCGAAGGAGCAUUUCAGCUUUGGGAUAUAGCAUUUUGGGGAAAGAAACAACAACUUAGUACAUACAAGUUCAGAGAAGACGAUUUUAAACAAUAUUUUCCACUGUCGAAAGUAUUAUCUGGUAUAUUUGAGUUAACUGAAAAGUUAUUCAGUAUAAAGAUCAUUGAAAACAAAAGACCAGAUGUUUGGCAUAACGAUGUUCAAUUUUUCGAUGUUUUUGAUCUAAACGAAUCGAGUACUAACCCCAUAGGGCAUUUUUAUUUGGAUCCUUAUGAAAGAAACGAUGGUAAAGUGAGGGUAUCGCAUAAUUUGGGUUAUAUGGUUCCUCUGAAAGAUAGGAGCAGAGUAAGUGGAACGAAACCAUUGGUCGCUUUGAUAUUUAACUUUGAAUCACCACUUGGAGAAAAGUCUCCUUUACUGUACUUUAAAGAUGUUAGGGCUCUUUUCCAAAAGUUUGGACACAUGUUGCAACAUAUAUGUACAAGAAUCGAGAAUGCAGAAAUAUCAGGAAAUUCAAACGUAGAAUGGGACGCAGUAUUUAUUUCUGAUUAUUUCUUUGAAAAUUGGUUGUAUGAACCAUCAGUUUUACAACAAAUCUCUUCUCAUGAUGUUACGGGAGAACCAUUACCUGCAGAUAUGAUCAAAAUGUUAAGAAGUACAAAAUCGCAUUUAGCUGGUUUCAAUUUAUGUAAAGAACUGUACUUGUCGCGGUUCGAUUUGGAGUUGCAUUCUUGCGACGAUUUUUGGAACGAUAUAAUGAUUCGCAUUUGGAAUAAAUACUUUGUUAUACCUUCGUAUAAAAAAGAUUGUCACAUCUGUUCAUUCGAUAUUAUUUUUAGUGGAGAUUUCGCUGCUGCAUAUUACAGCAAUAUUUGGUCACAAAUGAUUGCUGCCGAUUUAUUUAAUGCUUUCGAAGAGAAGUCAAAAGAUUUAACGGGGCCGAUAGUAAAGGAAAUUGGUAACAGAUACCGUUCAACGUUUAUGGCUUUAGGAGGAAGCCAGUCAACGAAUGAAAUUUUCCGUCAAUUCAGGGGAAGAGAUCCUAAUCCAAAAGCACUUCUGAUAAAUACUGGAUUAGAUGUUAAAGCCAGUAUGUUAGAAUCUAAUACCGUAAAGCAUUAACAAAACCCAAAAGUCUCGAAGUGAAUUAGAUACAAGGAAACAUAGCUAUAACAGUUAUACCUUGUAAAAUUCUGUCCUGCUGAGCUCUAACAUCGGUAACAGACACUUCUAUAUCUAUGAGUUUCUCAUCGUCGUCGUCAUCAGCCGCCCAAGAAGUUGUGCCACCAUCUGCAAAUGCUGAUGCUGAGGAAGUAAACAAAUUUGUGCGAGAAGAUGUAAAAUUGUCUGUUCGAGCAUUGUAAAGCCUUUGUAAUUGUACGUCUUUACUCUGUAAUAAUUCUAUCUGACGUGUUCUA